AUGAUUUUGAAAGUCUAUACAAGCCUUUGGCUCUUAUUCUUGGUCAAUUCUGUGUGGACUCGAACUGUGAGACAAGUUUAUGAUGAUCUGGAUCCUGGCCACUGGUCUCACUAUACUUCUGAGUGUCCACAGGAGUGUUUUUGUCCUCCUAGUUUCCCCAAUGCAUUAUACUGUGAUAACAAAGGACUUAAAGAAAUACCUCCAAUUCCAGCCAGAAUUUGGUACCUCUAUCUUCAAAACAAUCAAAUUGAAACCAUUUCAGAAAAGCCUUUUGCGAAUGCCACUCAUCUGAGAUGGAUAAAUCUGAACAAGAAUAAAAUCACAAACAGUGGGAUUGAGAAUGGUGUGCUGAGCAAGCUGAAAAGGCUGCUUUACUUAUUCCUUGAAGAUAAUGAGUUGGAAGAGGUGCCUGCUCCAUUACCGGUGGGUCUGGAACAGCUAAGACUAGCUAGAAACAAAAUCUCUAAAAUCCCAGAAGGAGUCUUCAGCCAUUUGGAAAACCUUACUAUGUUAGACCUGCACCAGAACAGUUUGUUGGACAGCGCUCUUCAAAGUGACACCUUCCAAGGACUCAACAACCUCAUGCAGCUCAACAUAGCAAAAAAUUCACUCAAGAAAAUGCCUUUAAGCAUUCCAGCUAAUACACUGCAGCUCUUUUUGGACAACAACUCCAUCGAAGUCAUACCAGAAAACUACUUCAGUGCAAUACCCAAAGUGACUUUCCUUAGGCUGAACUACAAUAAACUAUCUGAUGAUGGUAUCCCUCCAAAUGGGUUUAAUGUUUCAUCUAUUCUAGACCUACAGCUGUCUCACAAUCAGCUCACUAAAAUUCCACCAAUCAAUGCUCAUCUUGAGCACCUUCAUCUUGAUCACAACAAAAUCAAAAGUGUCAAUGGUACUCAGAUGUGCCCAGUUUCCAUUGCCCUAGAAGAAGAUUAUGGUUAUUAUGGCAACAUCCCUCGCCUCCGAUACCUUCGUCUGGAUGGAAAUGAAAUUCAGCCUCCAAUCCCACUGGACGUCAUGAUCUGCUUCCGACUACUUCAAGCUGUUGUCAUAUAA